AUGAACAGCCACGUGGAGCAGCGGCGGAAGCCCGCUCCUCUCGAUUCGAAACAAGUCACCCAGAACAUCAUGGCGCGCGAGUCCUUCUCCCUUGACGACCCCGUCCCGAAGACGCCGAUCGUGAAUAACCAUGGUUUCUUCGAGCUCCCGAUCCAGGACCAGCGCAACUUUGGACUGCUUGUCCUGCUAUAUUUCCUCCAGGGUAUCCCUAUGGGCCUGGCUAUGGGGUCCGUCCCGUUCUUAUUAAAGAACCACAUGUCGUAUAGUGAAAUUGGCGUCUUCACUCUUGCGAGCUACCCUUAUUCGCUGAAGCUCUUCUGGAGCCCGAUUGUCGAUGCGGUAUGGAGCCCCAGGCUCGGUCGAAGGAAAAGUUGGAUAUUACCAAUCCAGAUCCUCUCUGGAUUUGGCAUGCUGUUUUUGGGCUCGAGGGUGGAGGGAUUGAUGGCUAUGACCGGAAAGGAGGGCGGUCCUAGUGUCUGGGGUUUCACCGGCUGGUGGUUCUUCCUCGUCUUUAUGUGCGCGACCCAGGAUAUCGCUGUUGACGGUUGGGCACUCACACUUCUCACCCCCGGAAACGUCUCCUACGCUUCUACGGCCCAAACCGUCGGUCUCACGGCUGGCAACUUCCUUUCCUACACCGUUUUCCUCGCCUUCAACUCGGCCGAUUUCGCAAACAAGUACUUUCGCACAGAGCCCAUCGACGAGGGCUUGAUGACCCUCGGCGGUUAUCUUACUUUCUGGGGCUGGGCUUACAUCGCCGUCACGAUUGGUCUUGCGCUCCUCAAGCGCGAGGAGAAGACCCAGAACGAGGAUGGAAUCUGGGAUGUAUACAAGAUCAUGUGGGGCGUCCUGAAGCUCAAGAACAUCCAGACCAUUAUCAUCGUCCACCUAAUCGCCAAGAUCGGCUUCCAGGCCAACGACGCCGUAACCAACCUCAAGCUCCUCGACAAGGGCUUCGGAAAGGAUAACAUGGCGCUCACGGUCUUGAUCGACUUCCCCUUCGAGAUUGGUCUCGGCUACUACGCCGGCAAGUGGUCGCAGAAGUACACACCCAUGAGACUUUGGUGCUGGGCUUUCAUGGGGAGGCUCGUCGCUGCCAUUUUUGCGCAGUUCACAGUCGCGAUAUUCCCGGCCUCUGGUGUCGAGACUUGGUAUCUCUUGACGGUUAUCGUCGAGCACGUCUUUUCGACGUUUAUGAACACGGUCAUGUUUGUCGCCGUUUCGGCGUUCCAUGCGAGGAUUUCAGACCCGGCCAUUGGGGGUACCUACAUGACCCUCCUAGCAACCGUGUCUAAUCUCGGCGGGACCUUCCCCCGCUUCUUCAUCCUCCGCCUCGUCGACACCUUCACCAAAGCCACCUGCCACCCUAGCGACCCCACCCAGCUCACCGACCUCAAAGACAGCAGCCUCCUCAUCACCGAACCGUUCUCCUGCGCCCUUCAGGCCGAGAAGGAGCGCUGCAUCGCCGGCGGCGGUACUUGCGAGGUGCUCAGGGACGGCUAUUAUUUCGUCAACGUGCUCUGCGUCCUCUUUGGCCUGUUGACGUUUGUUAUGUAUAUUAGGCCCAGGGUCAUGUUUUUGCAGAGUUUGCCUAUGAAGGCGUGGAGGUUGGCAAAUGACAAGUGA